AUGUUCAAGCGCGCAAAAACGGGGACGGGAGCAACUUCCUCUAAAGGAGGAUCGAAGGGAAAAUCCAAGGAUCCCCCGUUUCGUUUGUUGAAUCGUGAGGAUCGUAAAACUUAUGAUUUUCUCGUUUCAAAUAAGCGUCAAGUCAAGUCAACAAAAUUCCUCCAUAGGGAAUCUUUUGCUAGUCUUGGGGUGCUCGAUGGAGUCCAAGCGUUAUUUAACAACAUCGGGUGGGGUCAAUUCCUCCAUAACCGCGCCGCCACCUAUGUUGAACCCACCUUGGAAUUUCUUACCACAUUCAAUCCCGAGGAGGAAGCCCAAACCGUCACCUUCCAAAUCCUCGGCGAGAAACGAUCUCUACCACAUCGGGUCGUGAAUGCUUUGAUGGGUGCUCCCGUGGACAACCUAUAUUACCAACAAGACCCAUGGCCCGGAAACUUCAAUGAACAUUACUUUUGGCAACAAAUUACCAAUGAGCCACAAUAUUCAUCGUCUUCGUCAAAGGCCUCCUCCAUAAUUCACCCAUGUUUGCGCCUAGCGCAUAGAGUUCUCACAUGCACCAUUUUCGCCCGCUCCGAAGUGGGACAGAUUUCAAAGGCGGAAUUAUUUUUUCUUUGGUGCAUGACUCGUGAGAACGGUCCGCGGCCGGAUUUUGCUUCCUUUUUCUUCACCAAGUGUUACAACCUCACAACUAUGGACAAAGGAGACAUUUUCAUUGGGGGAUUAAUCACCCUUAUUGCAUCCCGGCCACCGCUUCAACUUCAUCUCUCUACUCUUCCAUUCGAGAAGGCUUCCGGCCCCUCUAGUCUUGACGGCAACGCACUUCGCCGAAUGCAACUCAUCCGGGAUUCGGUUGUCGGGCCCAUGUGGAUCCUUGACAACCAACCAUACCUCAUUCUCCCCAUGAGUAUAUCGGGAGUUUUGAGCCGACCGAUCCCGAUCAAUGGAACAUUCCAUCAGACUACCCUCCACCUGUAG